AAAAAAAAAAUAAAAAAAAAAAAUAAAUGGUCGGUGGAUUAAAAAUUGAGGUUUAACCUAUUGUAUCGGUUAUGCGGUGUCGUUCCUUUAAUACGGGUCAAAACGCACCGUUUGUAUUUUCUUUCUCGCGGACAAACAAAACACCGACCGCACAUAGGAAAUUCCAUCUUCCAAACGGGAACCUAGAGUCGGUGAUGGAAGGAACAGAGGGAACUAGCUCUGUCGCCGGAGGAGUAGGAGGAGUACGAUACAUGCUUAAACCGGCACGGGUAACCAACGAGGACAUACUAUUCUGCAUCGACGUCGAUGCAGAGUCGCUCGUGGAAAUGAAAACACCGGGGCCCAACGGGAAGCCGUUCACCAGAUUGGACGCGAUCAAGCAAGCCAUCCUUCUCUUUAUCCACGCCAAGCUCACUAUUAACCCCGAUCACCGCUUCGCCUUUGCAACCCUCUCCAAAUCGGUCUCUUGGGUACCUUUUCCCCACCAAUAUGUUGAAGUUUUUACUUUUUUUUUAGUUCUUCUGCGUUCUGUAGAUUGGUUGAGCUGCUAGUGAUCAUCAAGAUCGUUUUUUUAUUUCACCUCCUUCUUCGUUUUAGAACUCAUAGGUAUACACUUUUUGAAACGUAGUUCUAGACUUCUAGGGGAUGUUAGUUUGUCAUGAAGAAAGGAAUUCUGGGUGGUGUGAAUAUUUAGAUGGGUAUUAUGUUCUUUGGGACUCAAUUGAAAUGCUAAAUGCUUAGAUUCUGACUAUGAUUUAACAAAAAUGGUACUGUGCAUAGUGAAAUAAGUUAACUUAGCAGCAAGCGUAUUGGUACUGCCUAGUGUUUACUUGAAGGAAUCAUUUUUUUUUCUUCAAUUUUGACAUGCACAAAGAGUCAAAGAGUAUUUUUGAAACAUGAAGCUCUUUUUUAUUGAGAUUCUAACUUCUGCAUUGCUUAAGCGGAUGUUAGACUUGUUACAAUCUUUAGUUUAACACAAGUUGUCUUGCUGGAUUGGAUAGAAUAACUUGAUAUUGCCCUAGUUCAGCUUUGUUUUUCUUUUCUUUUCUUUUCUUUUUUUUCCCAUAAGAAACUGGAGACAUGUAGUAAAGACUAACCACUGAGAUAGGGAGAGGAGAUAACUUUCAAAAAGCAUGAUGACAAGAAUACUUAAAAGAAAUAAUGAUGGUGCAAUUCAGUUUAUGAACCUAUAGAACCUUCACAAUUGUAUUCAUGUUCGUGAAGAGGUGAUAGAUUGAUAUAUCUUGCUGGAAUUUUAUGCUGUUAUUUUACCAUGAUACUGCAGUGUGCUAAGAAUUUAUGCUGUAAUGAAGAGAGAAGAGGAAUGAGAAAAUCUUGUUGCCUCUACUGUAAAGCCUACUAACUUUGAUCUAUG